AUGCGGGAACUUAGCGGGACAACGCGCGCGGGCCUCAUGGGCACCGUGCUGAGCUUCAGCCCGCGAGAGCGGCGCCCGCCCACCGCCGCGCCGCCGCCUGACCGUGCCGCCCUAGCCUACUCCUACGAAAGACUCAACAACGCGAAGAACAGGGAAAACCGCGACCUCACGCGCGACGAACGGCGAGCUACUCUCGACGAUGCCGCCAAAAUCAUUUCCGAGAAAACGGCCCUCGAGAAAAACCUCAAGAAACACUCGCUGUUCAUCAAUGCACUCUCGUGGAAGAGAUUCUCCACCGCCAACAACAACAAGAAGAAGUUGGAAUGCAAGAGCAAGAGCGUGACGACGUUCAGAGCGCCGCUGACUGACAAUGUGCCGCUCGAUAGGAAUAAGAAUGUCAGCGUCGGGGGCGCAAUAUACACGCGGGCCCCCGUGGUGCCCCCGCCGACGGAGGUAGCGCGGACCAAUGCCCUCAACAAUAACGUAUGUUACACGGAGAAGUUGCCCACAACUGCCGUCGGGACUGCCCCGGUGGUGGCGCCGAGGAAGACGGUGAUACAAGCGUCUACCUCAGAAUUGCUCAAGUGCCUGGGGAUGUUUCUCCAUUCCCGAUGUCACCGGCUAAGGGACUUCCAAGCGGGGGAUGCUGUGAUGUGGCUUCGGACGGUGGACCGUUCAUUGCUACUCCAAGGCUGGCAGGACGUGGCCUUCAUCAACCCAGCUAAUGUGGUCUUCGUCUACAUGCUGGUCCGGGAAUUAGUCGACGGGGAGAGGAUAGCUCGGCCACAGGAGCUCCAAGCCGUCGUCUUGACAUGUCUCUACCUCUCAUACUCCUACAUGGGCAACGAGAUCUCCUACCCCCUCAAACCUUUCCUCGUCGAGGACUCCAAAGAUAAAUUCUGGGACCGCUGCCUCUUAAUCGUCGAUAGACUGUCUUUUAACAUGUUAAGAAUCAAUUCCGAGCCGGGUUUCUUCACCGAGGUGUUCACGGAAUUAAAGGCUUGUGGGGCUAUUGAGAGCCCUCCACCCGCACCACCCCACCCCGCCCCCGCACCCCCUCAUACCUUAACGGCCGCCUGA